AUGGAGGCUCUUCCAGAUGAAAUCUUGCAUAAAAUAUUUGCCGAACUGGAGGACCAAAUGCCUCUAGAUAGAUGGCAGCUGUAUGGACUUCGACUAGAUCAUCGAGGCUCAGCCGCACUCCGCAUCCUCUGCCUGGUCUGCCGCCAGUUCCGUCGCAUCGCGCAACCUCUGCUGUACCGUACCAUUGUCAUCGAGGGCCGCAAUGGCGCAAAGAACGUUAGCACUCUUCUUCUCAGAACGUUCGUCGAGGAUCCACAGCUCGCAGAGCAAGUUCGCGCCGUCUCUCUGACCGACUGUAUCAAGCUCUCAGAGCAGGUCGUCGACUGCACUAUGGGUAACAAGCCUAGCAUGCUCCCCUGGCUGUUGAGCGCAAGCCCGCACGCAGGGAGGCCCUUAGGCUGGCUUGAACGACUCAUUCGGGGUGACGUCUCUGAUGACGAGUACUUUGUCAAGGAACCAAAAGAGUAUGACUUUUCCGAUGAAGAAGAUUUCGUGAUAGGCUACGGCAAGGAAUUGAGCAUGGAAGAGUACCAGCAGAAGGGCGUUUCCAAAGGUACAUUUGCAAACUAUUGCUUUGCGAACCUCACCGAUAUUCGCAUUAGGGCAGUAGAAAAUCCAAAGAGCAUCGAGGUUCCUUGGACUAUCGAGCCUCUUCUUCUCAACUCUAUGCUCAAAAUACUACGAACACUUGGCACUGCCUGGCACGGUGAUGAACUCACCGGAUUUGUGUGGCCUGAGCACAAGAACUACAACCUAGAGUAUUCCGACCUCAUGGAAUCAUACGUCGAUGCCGAAGGACUAAGCACAAUUCUCACUCGCUGCCUGAAGCUUAAGGGAAUCUCGAUUAGGUUACCCGACGAGGAUAGGGACCUACCAGUUAACUAUGACCAGGGCUUUAGUGAGGAGGAAGAUUGUGCCCUCAACUUUGAUGACUUUGGGGACGUUCUUCGCAAACAUGGCCAAAAUCUCGAAAAGUUCGACUUGAACACUUUCUUUUUUGAAAGCUACCGCACGAUUCAGCGAAAUCGCGGCCCAGGUGAAGGAAUAAUUGGUUCCCUCCGAGAACUCAAAUCCCUCAGACACCUCGGAGUCAGCAAGGAGGCCUUGAUCGGAGAGAUUGAGCCACUCUCACGACUGAGCGAGGUUCUGCCGGAAUCGAUUGAGACUCUUCACCUGUAUUGUGGUGGAAUAUGGAAGACACAGGAUUGGGUCGAAUCGGAACGUGAGCUGCAUAACCAGGACGUCUACAAAUUGCUUCUCGACGAUAUGCCUAAUCUCCGCGAGAUUAGGAUAGAGAGAUGCAAGACUAGUUUCGACAGUGAUAAUCAUUAUGAGUCGUAUUCUGAUUUUGAUGAUGCGGCUACUGCUGCUGAUGAAGAAGAAGAAGCAGAUGAUGAUGAUUCGUGUUUUAGUGAUAAAGACCCAGAAGGUCUUUAUAAACCACUGUUUGGACCGGAAGAAUUUAUGUACUCGAAGGAAGCGGAGUGGCCACCUGAGCUGCAUGUCACUGGCUGGUCUGUGGACAUCGUCGAGGAGGGCCUAUAUAAGAUACGUGGAAGACCAGCUUGUGACUUUCGGGUCGUCACUCUGACAAGGACAACAUGA